GAGACGUGGCAGUGCCUGGAGGGGGUGGGGACAAGGCAUCGGGCCCACCAUUAGCACCAUGCUCCUGGGGAUCCUCGUGGUGCUCUGCUUCAUCCCCACUGCUGAUGUAACAGAAAACAAGAUUUUAGUGGCUCAGCGUCCUUUGCUCAUUGUAGAUAACAAAACUGCAACUCUAGUCUGCAACUACACGUACAAUGGAACAGGGAAGGAAUUUCGAGCUUCGCUGCACAAAGGAACAGACAGUGCAGUUGAAGUUUGCUUUAUUUCGUGGAACACAACCAAAAUUAGCAGUAAUUCAAAUAAAGAAUUCAACUGCCAGGGGAUUCAUGAUAAAGACAAAGUUAUCUUCAAUCUUUGGAAUAUGACUGCCAGCCAAACUGACAUCUACUUCUGCAAAAUUGAGGCCAUGUAUCCACCCCCAUAUGUCUACAAUGAGAAGAGCAAUGGCACCGUCAUUCAUGUGAAAGAGACACCCAGCCAAACACAACAGCCUCAGUCUGCAAUUCCUUUGUGGAUUAUGGUGGCAGUAACUGGAGUUCUGGCUUUCUACAGUAUGCUACUAACCGCAGUUUUUAUUAACUACUGGCAAAAAUCCAAAACCAAUAUGUACCAUCAGAGUGACUACAUGAACAUGACUCCCCGGCAUCCACCAUACCAGAAGAACAAGGGUUACCCAUCCUAUGCACCAACACGAGACUACACUGCAUAUCGGUCCUGGCAGCCAUGAUAUACCCACCAGCUGACCCACCAGUAACCUCGUGUGCUUCUAGGCGGUCACUUGCUCCUGGACAUGGAAAGACGGCCUCUCAUUUUCUCAUCAUGUUUGUCGUUAUUGAUCAUGGAU